AUGACCCGAAAGUAUUUGGGUGGCUCCGGCCAUCCUUUAACUGUGUGGAUAUCGGCCGCAGCUUCGACGGUGUUGGUUUUCUACGGUUACGAUCAGGGCGUUUUCGGCAAUGUUAUCAUCAAUAAAAACUUUCUCGAAACCUUUGGCAACCCCUCAUCAGACCUCCUCAGUACGAUGGCGUCGCUCUACACAAUCGGCGCUUUCGUGGGCUCGCUGAGUACCAUGUGGUCAGGGGACAUCAUUGGCCGGCCUCGGCAGCUUACUCUGGGCAGCAUUAUCCUUGCAGUCGGCGCGAUAAUCCAAUCGUCUUCCUUUACUGUCCCUCAAAUGAUCGUGGGAAGAAUCAUAGCAGGAAUAGGAACAGGAAUGAAUACCGCAACCGCAUCUGUGUGGCAGGCGGAAACUAGCAAGGUUUCCAGCCGCGGAAAGCUGAUCAUAGUGCAAAUGGCGAACUGUAUUACCGGCUUUGUCAUUUCCAAUUGGCUCACAUUAGGAUUUUCUUUUGCGAAAGGCAGCGUGGCCUGGAGAUUUCCUCUCGCCUUCCAAGUCUUCUUCUCCUUACUGAUCUGCUUGAUGUGUCCGUUUUUACCAGACUCCCCGCGAUUGCUUCUCCGCCAGGGAAAGCAAGCGGAAACACUGGAAGUUCUCGCUGCUUUAGAGGGGAAUGGCGCCAAUCCAGAUUCGCCAUCAGUCAAGGCUCAGUUUGAGGACAUUAGAAACGUCUUGGAUACUGAGCAAAUGAACACUUACUCGUGGGCUCAAUUGCUGACCGGAAAAGGGCCGGCCGGUGUUCUUCGACGAAUGAUGCUCGGCAUUGGCAUACAGGCCAUGAAUCAGUUAUCUGGCAUCAACCUCACUUCUUACUACAUGUCAUACAUCUUCGAAAACGCCUUGAACUUUGAUGAGCUCCUCUCCCGUCUUCUCGCAGCAGCAGCCAGCAUGGACUAUCUUUUCUUUGCAUGUGCCGCUUUCUUUACCAUCGAACGUUUUGGUCGUCGGAAAGUUAUGAUAUCAUCCUCAGCCGCUUGCUGUGUUUGUUGGGUGGUCAUUGCGAUAGUUCUCGCUCUCUCCGACAAAGGAAUUGGAGAUACCUACAAUCUGAGUAUCGUAGCCGUCGCUUUCUUCUUCAUCUUCUUCGCAUCUUUUGGGAUGGGUAUUCUUGGUGUUACUUGGGUCUACGCAGCGGAGAUAAACGCUCUCGAAAUGCGCACCAAGGGCACUUCUCUUGCUGCUGCGAUACAGUGGAUCGUUAACUAUAUGGUUGUUCAAAUCACGCCUAUCGGCAUCCAGAAUCUAAGCUGGCGUUUUUGGAUCAUCUGGGCCAUUAUCUGCUUUUCGUUCAUCCCCGUCACCUACCUCUUCUAUCCAGAGACGACUGGAAGGUCACUGGAAGACAUCGAUCGGUAUUUUGAGGGUAACCCUGGGAUAAUUGUGGCUCGAGAUAAAGAUAUCGAAAUCGCUGCAGAAUGCUUUGAUGGUAGCGACCGUGGCGAUGCGGCAGGGAACUGUAAGGAGAUUGACAUUUCAGGUCACGCCACUCAUUACGAGACCUAA